UGCUGAGCAUGCGCGCUUCAAUUGAAAUUGAAAAAGUGACAAGAGUGUGGAAAUUGGAUUUUCCUAGGUUUUCCUAGUCCUGGUUUCCUUUCGGUUUUACGAAAAAAUAUUAUUGGCGAUAAGUGGUGAACGAGUUGCACUAGUUCUAAUGUUAUAGGGUGAAAUUAAAAUGAGGAGCAGUAGUUCGGAACUGCUCCUCGAUCAACAAGAAGAGCUCAGAAAAAGAAAAAUCAAGGAAAUAGCAGCAGCUAAAAAGGCAAAGGUACUACCUGGGCGAACAUGCCGAGAACAAGCAUUAUUUUAUGCCACAAGUCUACUAGCAGUAAUGGCCAUGUCCGCUGGAUCUUCCCUCUUAUUUUUAGUGCCCCUGUAUGUAGAUCCAGCUAUAUCAACUCUAGCUUCAAACUUUGUCACAGAGCCUGUCACUUGUAUAACAACCAGAAUAGAAGAAUUAAUGGGGCUUGCAAAUUGUUCUUGGAGUUCCUGUCGUGAAGGAUGUACCAGUGAUGCAUAUCACUGCACCCAUAUAUAUGUUAGUUAUAAUGACAGUAAGGAAGAUGCAUAUAAUCAAACAGAUGAUGCGGUGCUCUUAGUGAAUAUAAAAGGAUGUGGAUAUCCGCCGAAUGUUUUAUGUUUGAAUUUCACGGAGACAUAUGGAGUAGAAGGAACGGAGUUCCCAUGUUAUCAUUCUCGUGAAAACCGCACGGUUGUUUUAACGCACUACAAGAGGGACGAACAGAUAGCUAUAAUCAUACACUACUUUGCUGUGCCAUUUGUUAUCACUUUGGCAACAUCGGUGGCACUAUGUGUGAUGCAUUGUGAUUGCCGCUGUCAUCCUACUACUCAUCAUCAUAAGCGUUCUAGGAGACCUCGUAUUCAGGAUUUAAGUGACGGUUCUAUAAGCAUUGGGGUUGAUCUCAGACAUAAUACUAGUUACCAUUCAGAUCUAGUGGCGAUAAGGCCCAUGUAAAAUGGAACUUGAAUGGAAGUGAAGUUUUCGUGUGACCAUUUCCAGAACGAGAUUAUUCUGGCUCCAAACAUUUACCUACUAUUAUUGGAAUAUAUUAUCCUUUCAAUCAACAUAAUGAAGUUCGUGCACUUAUUUAUCAUAAUAUGGAAUUAUAAGUGCAUUUUUGACAUGGAAAGUAACAUAUUGCUUUAUUUAAUCAAUACAUUGUGAGCAUGACCCAACAUUUUCCAGAUUAGCGGUUUUGAAAAUAGAUUCAUAUCUACAGUACUGUUUGAAUGUAAUUCUUAUUAUUAUGUGUUUAGCGGGAGUAAUAUAAGCAUGACGUUCUUGUUGAAGAAAAAAACACUCCCAAGUUAUAUGGGAACCCAUUCUGGUUUUAAAAGAUCAUGAGUCCCAAGGUUUGCUUGGUUUUAUCUGAGAGUGAUAUUUCAGCUAUGAAUCAAACACUUAUCUAUAUACAAUUUUAUAUUUUCCACAAAAAUUAUUGAUAGAAACAAGUCAAUAAAAAUACUUAUAUACUAUUUAUAGUAUUGUAUAAUUCCAGUAAUACUUUUGUUACAGACUUCAACAAUAUAUGAUUCAAAAUAGAGGCAUAUAAUGUGGAUAUUUUAAGUAAAAUUGUAUUUUCGUAAGGGAUUCGUUUUUGUUAAAAUUCAAUGUUUGAGGAGAGCUUGAUUGAUGAAACCACUUGAGAAUCUUGAGAUAAUAUAUAAUUUUAUUAGUAGUUGGUACCUAUUCACCCAUUGACAACUGUUUACAAUCAUGCAACAUUGCCCAUAGACUGAUGUGUCCCAGCUGAAAUGCCCCCUGUAGAUAAUUAUUAUUAAACACUCCAUCACAUGGUUUGAACUGUGGUUUUCCGGUACUUUCGGCAAUGUUUUGAGAUAUGAUAUGAACGAUGCAUUAUAC